GAGGAGGAGGAGAGACGCGACCUUUGCGUGGAUCCACUUCCUCCUCACUCCACCGUCUCUUCUUCAGCGAGGACACAUCUCUUCAGCCUUCUAGCGGAUCAACAUGUCGGGGCUCCUGAGGACUGUCGCUCGGCGUGCUGCCCCCGUGCUGCGGGGCCACGCCGUCACCCAGCGGGCCAGCCUGUUCGCCGGCCCGGCCAAGGAGAAGAUCGGCCCUCUGGAAACUAUCAUUGGACUGGGCUUUUUCGCCCUGGCCAUUCUGGGACCAUCUGGAUGGAUCCUGGCCCACUUGGAAGACUACAAGAAGAAAGAGUAAAGUGGACAUUUUAACAGUCUUGACUACACCCAAGUCUCCUGUCUCCAAUGACAACCUGGGACCAUCAUCCUGUUCCGCUGCAGAGAAGAAUAUGGAACACGUUUUACAUUCACUCUUCUACCUCCUCCAGUUCCACUCCACUUCAUAGAUAAAAAAGAGCUGUUUCCCAACUCUGACUCUGAUGCAUUGAAAAGUGUAUUGUGGAUCUUCCCUCUUUCACAACAUGUUACAAGAUUAAAUUUUAAACAACCA